UCCAGAGCACAGAGGACGCUCCCGAUACGUUUCCGGCCGGUGACGCACUUCCGCCCUGCCGGGCGCGCGCGCGGUGUACGGUCUGAAAGCAGAGUGCGGACUUGACUGAGGCCUAGAGGCUCCGAGCCCGGCAUGGCCUCCUCACGGGCCUCCUCCACGGCAGCUAAAACUAAAGCACCUGAUGAUUUAGUUGCCCCUGUUGUGAAGAAACCCCACAUCUAUUAUGGAAGCUUGGAAGAGAAAGAGAGGGAACGUCUGGCCAAAGGAGAGUCUGGGAUUUUGGGAAAAGAAGGACUCAAAGCAGGCAUUGAAGCUGGAAAUAUUAAUAUAGCCUCCGGGGAAGUAUUUGAAAUUGAGGAGCACAUCAGUGAGCGGCAAGCAGAAGUCUUGGCAGAGUUUGAAAGAAGAAAGAGAGCCCGGCAAAUCAAUGUUUCCACGGAUGAUUCAGAGGUCAAGGCUUGCCUUCGAGCCUUGGGAGAACCAAUCACACUUUUUGGAGAAGGCCCUGCUGAACGAAGAGAAAGAUUAAGAAAUAUUCUCUCAGUGGUUGGAACUGAUGCCUUAAAAAAGACAAAAAAAGAUGAUGAGAAAUCUAAGAAGUCGAAAGAAGAGUAUCAGCAAACCUGGUACCAUGAAGGGCCAAAUAGCCUUAAGGUGGCCAGACUGUGGAUUGCUAAUUAUUCACUCCCCAGGGCAAUGAAACGCUUGGAGGAGGCCAGACUCCAUAAGGAGAUUCCCGAGACAACCAGAACCUCGCAGGUGCAAGAGCUGCACAAGUCUCUCCGGUCUUUGAAUAAUUUCUGCAGUCAGAUUGGAGAUGAUCGACCAAUCUCCUACUGUCACUUUAGUCCCAAUUCUAAAAUGCUAGCCACAGCUUGUUGGAGUGGGCUUUGCAAGCUCUGGUCUGUCCCUGACUGCAGCCUCCUUCACACUCUUCGAGGCCAUAACACAAAUGUCGGAGCAAUUGUGUUCCAUCCUAAAUCCACUGUCUCAUUGGACCAAAAGGAUGUCAACUUGGCCUCUUGUGCUGCCGAUGGUUCUGUGAAGCUUUGGAGUCUGGACAGUGAUGAACCAGUGGCAGAUAUUGAAGGCCAUACAGUGCGUGUGGCUCGGGUAAUGUGGCAUCCGUCAGGGCGUUUCCUGGGCACAACCUGUUAUGACCGUUCAUGGCGCUUAUGGGAUUUAGAGGCUCAAGAGGAGAUCCUGCAUCAGGAAGGCCACAGCAUGGGUGUGUAUGACAUUGCCUUCCAUCAAGAUGGCUCUUUGGCUGGCACUGGGGGACUGGAUGCAUUUGGUCGAGUUUGGGACCUACGCACAGGACGUUGCAUUAUGUUCCUGGAAGGCCACCUGAAGGAAAUCUAUGGGAUUAAUUUCUCCCCCAAUGGCUACCACAUUGCAACCGGCAGUGGUGACAACACCUGCAAAGUGUGGGACCUUCGACAACGACGCUGUGUCUACACCAUCCCUGCCCAUCAGAACUUAGUGACUGGUGUCAAGUUUGAGCCUAUCCAUGGAGACUUCUUACUCACAGGUGCUUAUGAUAACACAGCCAAGAUCUGGACCCACCCAGGCUGGUCUCCAUUGAAGACUUUGGCUGGUCAUGAGGGCAAAGUAAUGGGCCUAGACAUUUCUUCUGAUGGGCAGCUCAUAGCCACUUGCUCAUAUGACAGGACCUUCAAGCUCUGGAUGGCAGAGUAGGCAAGACCAUGGAAGGACUUGGACCUUGUGCUCUCACCAAGGAGCCAUUUUCCUCAGAGGAAAAGAACUGUGUUGUGUUCUAUCAUGUUUUCUGCCAAAUACCAUGUGUAGGAUUGGAUUUCCACAUCAGCCCCACUUCUGAGUAACCCGUCUCUAGGUAAUGGCAAACCCUUUAUGGUUAGAAUGCGGUUCUCAUCUCAGGCUCUGCCAUAAACUGUGUAGACAUUGUUUAGACUAAUCUCUUUUGAAUGCCUUCCCAUCCCUGUCGUACUCAAGAUUGGGACUAUUCUUCCUUCCUUCCUUCCUUUCUUUCUUUCUUUCUUUUUUGGCAUUUUGAGACAGGGUCUGUCUGUUUAGCCCUGACUGUCCUGGAGCUAUCCUAUCUACAUCAGGAGGCCUCACGUUUUAAGUGACUCUCCAGCUUCUGCCUUCCAAGUGAUGGCAUUACAGAAGUGUGCUGCUGGGCCUUACAGCUGCAUUUGUAAUGCUCGAAAUGUGGCUCUCUAUAACAUGGUAUGUGCUUCGUGCUACAUGUGAUCCAGGAGGAAGAUAGCAGACUGCACUUGAAACUUCCCCAGUUAAGAGGGUAUGCCGGAAGACAGGGACAGGUGGAUCUCUAUGAGUUUGAGACCCACGCAGCCUACAGAGAGAGUUCCAGGACACGCUACAAAGCUACAAAGAACCCCUGUCUCAAAAAAACAAAAGGCAGGGUGGGGGGCUCUGUGUGCUAGUUGAGUGGGGCCUGAGCAAACUCCUCUCCUGCUCCAGAGAAAGGAGAUGUCCGUCAAGCAGUGACUGUAGCUACAUGACGACCAUUCAGAAGCAAAGAAGAUUUGGCCUGUUCUGUGGAGUUCACAGAUACGUUAACUGUGUCAGGGAACUCAGAACUGAACAUGUCUGCCUUGUUGGGGAAAACCACUUCCAUUUUAGCUUUGAAGUUUGGCAUCUGAGAUAAAACAAGGCCAUUGUAUCCAGAUUCAAAGGAGUUUUUAGAAAACAAACAUGAUGUCUGCGGUACAACCUCCUUCCUGUUGAUUAUUUAAAGGGUAUAUUUUAUGUAUUAAAGAAUACUUCAUGUCAAAGUAAACAGGAAAAAAUCCCUAAUUUAUGUUUGGGUGUUUCCAAACAUGAGCAUUUUUUCUUUAUUAUACAUUUGCUGAGAGUAAAAUCCUAUCAUAAAAAUGUCUUUCAAAAAGGUCCUCUUUAAGUUUUGAGAUCUAAUGUAAUUCCAGGGGUGAAUUGUCCAGUUUCUAUCACUAUUCACAGGUGUUAAUACUGGUUUUUCAGGGGAGAUGGUAGGUUUUUUUGAGACAGGCUCUUGCUGUGUAGCUCAGAUUGGCGUCACUCUUAAUGCUCUUGCCUCUGCAUCUCAAGCUGAAGGGGGUGGGUGGUAUUCACAGCUUUUUAAUAGAGUCAUUGGCCUAGGGGAACAGAUCACAGUGAGCUGUGUCUGGUCUCACUAAUUCUGCAUCAGUCCUGUGAUUCUCUUCACCUUUCCACUGUGGGUAUAUAUCCUCAAUAAUCGCACAGUAAAUCCACACAAGACAGUAAUGUAAGAAGGUCGUGUAUAGAGUAAAAUUAGCAGGGUCUUAUGGUGGCAUCCCCUCCAGGAUUCAAAACUAUACUCCCAUCAGCUUCCUGUUCUGCCCUGCCCCUCUGUGGGCUAUGGGCAUAUGGUAUAGAGCAAAACGUGGUUUGGGUUUUUUUUUUUUUUUUUAAGAUAAGAGUCUUACACCGGGCGUUGGUGGCACACGCCUUUAAUCCCAGCACUCGGGUGGCAGAGGCAGGCGGAUGUCGGUGAGUUUGAGGCCAGCCUGGUCUACAGAACGAAUUCCAUGACAGCCUCUAAAACAAUACAGAGAAACCCUGUCUGGAAAAACCAAAAAAAAAAAAAAAGAGUCUUACUGUGUAGCCCUGGCUGGACUAGAACUUAAUGCAUUAGACCAAAGCUCAGAUUCAGUGACCACCUGCUCCUGGCUCCCAAGUGCUGGGAUUAAAGAGGCGUGCCCACCACACCCGGCUGAAUUUACUUUAAUCUGACUCCAGUUACAUAUAGCUGAGCAUAUUUCCUCUGUAGCUGUAAGCGUCUCAGGUCUAUCCUUCAUGUGGAACUUACUACCCUUAACCUGUUCUAUUCUCAUAAUAAUGUGCCAUGAAAGAUAUCUUUGUCACAUUCGUAAAAUGAUGAGACUACUGUGUUAUCCUGCAAUCAGAAUCUAGCACUCCCAAGCUUCAGUUUCUCUGCUUUAAACUUUACUAGGAUUUAACAAUUUUUCAUUGUUCCAAGAGAGCAUUUGAGUUGGAAAUGUACUAUGUAAGCCUUAGAGCAAGUGUCUAGAGGAGGAAUAUCCAUUUCUUCAACCACUGUAAGAGUGGAGCCUGAGCCAGUGGUGGGGCCCAUGCCUUUAAUCGCAACUCUCGGGAGGCAGAGGUAGACCAGCCUGACUUACUACAUGAGUUCUGUGACAGCCAGAGCUGUAACACAGAGAAACCCUGUCUUCAAAAUCAAAAACAGAAAAAAGGUGAAUCCUGAAUGACAGAACUACUGCUUAUCACUUAGCCCUGUGGAGGUGAUCUGUCAGGCGCACUCAGACAGCUCAUUGUCUUAGAACUGCGGAGGUGAAGCAGGCUGGAAGUGGUGCACUCCUUUAACCCCAGCAUCAGGGAGGCAAGUAGAGCCACACAGAGAAGAUUGCUGAGAUGUACUCCCUUUUUAUGGGCAAAACAGACUUCAGUGACCUGCUAAGUUACCCAGCUAGUAAGUAGUGGAACCAUUUGAGACCGUGUGAAGUGGUUUCCCAGAGCUUUGUGAAGAAUGUCGGCCCUGUGACAAGGCCAGGAAAGCACAUGUGGCCUGGUUGCUGGGCUGUCAGUGUUUUCACCUUUCUGCCUUGUAGGUGCCAUGGAAAAGACCCUGACUUCAUGAAAAAUGGCAUUUGUUUUCCCACCCCUGCCUGGAUAGGCGAGGCUGUGUGUAGAACAAGCAGCCUCAGGUCUAUGUCCCCAACCUCAGCAUGUGUUUCUAGAUGUCCUGUAAAUGGGUGAGACUACUUGUUAGGAUCUGAUUCAGAAACGUCCCCAGCAUUUGUCGGGACAUAGGACCUGGCUGGUCCACAAAGGUCACCAGGCAGGAGUCAUCAGCCCAGCUCCUUCCCAGCUGCUCUCUGCCUCUGGUGUGCCAUGAGGUGGUGAGCAUCUGCAACAGGCUCCCUCCACAGGCUCUCCAGAUCGCCUCCCCUCAAGUUGUUCCUGUCACAGCGACCUAGGAGUGACUAACCCUGCCCCCAGGUUAGACCUAACAAUUGCAAAACAGAAAGUAACAUCCUAAACGUACUUCUGUCCAGUGUAACAAACUUACUAGUUGUGGUAUAUCCACCAUCCUAAGAAGUUGCUUUCUUACAGAAAGGACUCCAAUACUUGGUGUCCGUGGAGACUGUCUCAGCAUCAGUGCAGUUACUUGAUGGGGUCAAUGCAGACAUAGGUGCUAGUCUCAGGAGGGACAGAAAGGUACCUUUCCAAUUUCGUAAUGGAGAAUUCUCCACGUUGGAGCCUAAAACUAUCUGGAUUACUGAAUCAAAAUAUGAUUUCUAUCUUGACCAUUUCUUAGUAUCUUGUACCUUUGGUCCCCUAAGGAAUUUAAUAAAUAAAUGAUACUUCUGAGAAAAUACUAUUUAGAGCAAAUAAAACUGACUAAAAUUCUGA